AUGUCCGACUUUCCGCAAAUCCGUGAUCUGCCGACAGAUGUCCAAUACAACAUCUGGUCUGCCCUCCUGCAGGCCCCGCGUGUCCAUUUCCUGGAUCUCUUCGGCGUGCUCGAUCUGCGACCCGGCAUCUGGCAACUCCUUUCCGAACAGAUCCAACCGUGUGGCCCAUUCCAAGAGGCUUUGCCGGAAGGCAUACGCGACCUCGAACCACAGCAAGCGAGCGGGCGCCAAUCCCUUGUCAAGAUAACCACCCCGCAAGUCUACCGCGCGAGAUGGGCAUUGUCUGGCUACGCCAAGGCUUGGACCAAGCCACAGAACCUCGGCGAUGAGGUAGACGGAGUUCACAAAGCGGUCGAACAAGCGAGAGAGAGUGGGCUCAGCCAGAUCCCAGGCGUGUUCCGGGACUUGGUCGGGGAACAGUCUCCUGUGUCGCUCGAGAUUAACGGGGAGCGUGAUGUCGUGUAUCUUUCCACGCCGCUUAAGCCUCCUAGAGUCUACACACCCACGGACGGCUGGGGUGACACGUGGAGAUCUCUGAAGCGGGAAAUUCUCUCCCAUGAGCACCGACAAAACAUUGGCCACAACGACCCCAACUCCGGGAUUCCUUACGGCCCCGUUGAGCAGCUCCAACACAUCCACCACCUGAUAAUCCCGUUCCGUAGCAGCGAGCACUACCGGUCGUGCUGUGGCUGCGGCAAAAUGACGGAACACGGCCGCCUCCUUCUGUACAACAGCCGUGAGCGAAACGAGCGCCGGGCUGCUCGAGCAUCCGGCCGUCCGCACGACGCUGUCCCUGGCACGCCGAACGUCAAAUGCACCAUGUGCCGCCAGGUCCGUGAGCAGCCGGGCCCGCUUACACCCGCCACCCGCGAGGCCCUGCUGGCCAACCGACGGCGGGAUAUGCAGCGCCAGGUGUACCGUUUCUUUUUGGAGAAGAACCUCCAUCUGGAUGGGGGGGAAGAGAGGAUACCGAUUGGUACGCAAAACGAGGCAAGGUACGGCGACGACGUGUCUGUCUGCUCGGAUGAUAUUGCUCAAGACGACGCGUACGGGUGGUACAACAACAGUCGCCAGAAGCUACUGGUGGACCUCCGUAAGUUUUGGGACGGCGGCCGAGAUAAGAUCCCACCUCAAUACGUCGAUAUGUCCGGGGGUGAAGAGGCUGGUGGGGCUGCCGGGGGCGGUGGUGCUGAUCCUGACAACCCCCCCAGUAUGCUUCCUCCUCUGGGACCUAACAACUACCAUACUGAUGUGGAGAAACUGCUUUUACAGACGCCAACCCCUUGGAAUUGGGUGGUACCUCACCAUGGAACGCACCCGCACUGCACCAUCACGAGUGUUCACUCCUCAAUGCACCGGGUCUUGCCCAUGGCCUUUUGCGGCGUCGAAACUGUGUAUCUGUUUGACUUCACCCUCACGCUGAAGCCCGAGAUUACACAGCUUCCCAGCCAGGGACGGAGGUGGUACAUCAAGCCUCGUCCUAAGCCGGGCAAUGACGGUGACGAUGCCGGUCAGUCUGGAAGCACUCCGGAUUUGGACAGAGGGGUGUUCAUCGAGGUGCUGGACGAGGACCUGGUCGCUUACAACUCAAUUUGGAUGUUUGAGGACAAUAUUAUUAUUUCCACCUCAGGGGACUCAGAAAUGGGAGAGUCUGAUGAGGAGCGAUUGCGCCUCUUGCCGAAGCUCGAAUUCAGGCUUCCGCUCGACGCUCCAGCCUGGGAGCCCCCGGAUGGAGUUCCGGGAUACGACGGGUACGUCGAGGCCGGGGACGAGGACGAUGAUCCUGAAGGUCCUCUUUUGGAGGGGAUGUUGAGCGAUUUGUGGCCUAUGUUCAACCCCACUUCGGUGGUGGACUAUGCACGGUUCCUGAGAGAGUGGUGGGCUCGCGAGUUUGCUGACGAGGCGGCGGAAACGGGCGGAACGCCUCGCAAAAUUGAGGUCAGACUGGUGGCGUAUUUGGCGUUGGACGAGGACAAUAAGGUGGAUUAUGAGAGACGCAAGAAGGCGGCGACGGUAUGGGGGGCGUCUAUAUGA